AUGUUCGCGUGGUACACGCUAGGGUGGUUCGUUGUCGCUUGGUGCAGAUGCCUCCGGCGUUCGCGCGACCUCGGCGCCUUCGUGGCUCCGGGGGCUCCCUUUGUCCACGAUGGAGCCAUUGAGGCGCGUAUGGUAUCCGCGCUGGGUGCGAAGUCGGCAGGGAAGGUCGCUCUUUACACCGUGCGUGGCGGCCAGUGCUUCCUACCGCGGGAGCAGCUGGAGCAAAGGCAGCUGCAGGACGAGUGGCUGGCGUUGUCCAGGAUCUUCGGUUUUGCGGAAUAUUCGUUGGGAGUGCUUGCGCAUGCCGAGCUGUUCACCGGCGCCGCCGGGGGAGUCGCUACCGACGAGCAUCGCAACGAGCUAUACGAGUUCACCGACCGCAAGGGGAGGCGGCUGGCGCUGCGAGGUGACGUCACGCCGCAGUUCAUGGCGAUGCUGCGAGACCAGGGCGAAGCUGCAGGCGGUGCUUCGCCGUGCGGCGCUGUUGCCCCCAGCCAACUCUCCAAGUGGUUCACCCUCGCCGAUUGUUGGCGCUACGAGCGACCGGGGCACUGCCGACGCCGCAACCACCUGCAGUGGACAUGCGACAUCGUCGGGGUUCCCGGGCCCGAGGCUGAGAUCGAGCUUCUGACGAUGCUGGUGACAUUCUUCCGCAAGAUUGGAUUGACGAGCGAAGAUGUGGCUAUACACCUGAGCCACCGGGACAUUGUGCCGGCAAUGCUGGGUGUUCUGGGAAAGAGCACGUCGGACAGCCAGUGGCUGCACGAGUUUCGCAAGGUGCUCGACAAAUAUCGCAAGGUAUCGCAACCGGAGUUUGAGGCCAUGCUGGCAUUGCUGGGAUUCACUCCGGCAGAAACUGCCGCGCUGCUUGACCUCAUCGCCAAUUGCCGCACCCUGUCCAGCAUCGAGGGGGUAUUCCCCGCCGAUGCAGCAUUUGUGAAAGUGUUACGGAGGAUAGUAGAAGGACUGGAGCGCGCCAAGUGUGCGGAUUGGAUUACGUUCGACACGAGCAUUGUGCGCGGGAGCGACUACUACACGGGAGCAGUCUUCGAGUGUUUCGACCGGUCUCACCCUCAGAGUCGCGCACUGGCCGGAGGCGGACGCUACGACAACUGCUUGCCAGACCUGCGUGGCGAUGAACGGCAACUGUCGCAUGCCGUGGGUUUCGGCAUGGGCAAUGUGGCCAUUGCGGAGCUCCUGCGGUCACGAGGGCGGUUUGCGCCGUGGAGCCUCGCUGACGUGGUUGUGUUCACUCCGCCAUCUGGUGACGAGCAAUCUACGUCGAGCGGCGGCGACUUGCAGCGCGUGCAUGACGUGAUUGACGGACUACGCCAGAGCGGCCUGCGGGUGUACCACUACUACAAGUCCAGCAAGUGGCAGAAGGCGCUGGAUUUCGCAGAUCGCGUCGGCGCCCCAAUAUUCGUCCACCCGGACGUUGGCACCAGCGGCGUGGCAUACCAGGUGCACCGCCUUGCUGACAGGUCAAAGGUUAAACUCGACGGUGACGACUUAGAGCGCGUGGUUGACCACAUACGGGGUCAGGUUGCGGAACAUGUGGAGCUACAGAAGACCUGA